AUGGCAACCUUCGCCUGUGAAAGCAUUGGCAAUGGAAAUGGCGCCUCCGCCGCCUCAGCAGAAGGCGGCAGUAGAAACAAAAACUACUGCAUCACUGAUUGCGUCGACCAAGGGAGCGUGGAGAGCUCUAGGUACUACUACGCUCGUCGGACGGUGUGUGAAAUGCUUCGAGAUCGUGGUUAUGAUGUGCCUGACUCCGAACUCACCCGUUCUCUCGUUGAUUUCCAUCGUGUUUUCGGCCAACAACCGAACGUCGAAAGCCUCCGUAUCUGCGUCCCUCUUCGUUCUGAUCCAUCGAGCAAGGUAUUGGUUAUCUUUCUUGGAAUUGCUGAUGUCAAAGUUGAAACCAUUCGCCUUUUGUAUGGGAAGAUUAUGAAUGAAGAAAGAUUGAGUGGGGUCAUACUUAUUCUGCAAAGCAAAAUGACCCCAUAUGCAGGAAAAGAACUGCAAAAUUGGCCAUUUAGCAAGGUUGAGACUUUUAAAAUAAAUGACUUGCUGGUGAAUAUCUCAAGGCACUUAUUACAACCUAAGUAUGAGGUAUUGACCACAGAUGGGAAGACAAAAUUGCUUGAGAAGUACAAAAUGGAAGCGAAGCAGCUGCCAAGCUUGCGAGAAACUGAUGCGACGGCACGCUACUAUGGGCUAGAAAAAGGACCAGUGGUGAAGAUCAUUCACACUGUUGGGCGUGUUGAUUCCUUUGUAACUUAUCGUUGUGUAGUUUAAUAUUUUUAUUUGUAUUAUGCUGUCUCAGGCAACAAUGAGGACAAGA